AUGCGAUUGCUGGAAGCUUUCAAGCGAAAAACUAUUGCAGAACAGGUGUGGAAUUCUGCAGCCCAAGUGGCUGAUGCGUACCAGAUAGGACGUCUUGAGAGCAGUGCGGCUCUGAACCUGCAUUCGAACGUUGUUCCUGCAAUCGUGGACCGUCUCAACUUUCUCGUCAGGAAGUGGGGCAUGGGCAAGAUGCUCACGCAUGAGAGCAUAGCCAGUGGAGCAUGGAACGCUGACUUCAGUGCUGCAACCUCCAGCACUGUGGCAUGGGAAAGGGUGCUCGCCGCAACACCUCGCUUGCUGAAUUUGACGCUGGAUAGAAUGCAUGCCAACUACGAGGCAUUGCACCCCAAGAUGCGCAAACCAUAUGGACUCAAGGAAGUUGAACAAUUGCAGCGUUGCUGCGGAGCCUACUUGGCAUGCAUGGACAAGUUCGAGGCAGACUAUCCAGUGGAUUUUGUCCUUGCUGAAGUGCAAUCCAUCGAGAAAUCGUAUUUUGGCACAUCUAAUUCUUGCAUCAUUGAAUGCUUCGAGAUUUCACUGGUAGAGUAA